AUGAAAAAUUUCCACAUUUUAUGUGGAAUCGUAAUAUCCUCGUUGUUAUCAUAUGUGACAUGCUUUGACGGUGCAAUACACGAAGCUGGUCUAACAUGCGGGACUUAUCAAUACCCUCAUGAUGGUAACAAUACUAACAAUCACAAGUUGAAGCAAAACUUGAUGGUUGUAAUGGACGCGGUCUCAUUUCAGGUGAAACAGCAGGGGUGGGGAGCACAAACAUUAGUUGGUAAUUGGCAUCCAAUGUAUGCAUUAGGCCAAUGUCAACGCGAUCUUGAUCCGACACAAUGCAACAUUUGUUUCACCCAAGCAAGACAAUUGUUAUCGAGGUGCAUACCAAAGGUUUCAGGUAGAAUUUACCUCGACGGUUGUUUUCUUCGUUAUGAUAACUACACUUUCUUUGAUGAGAGUGUAGAUUUAUCGCGUGAUACGAAAAUAUGUGGGUCCACGGAAAAGGGAGAGACGGUGGAUGCGAAACAUGUUGAGACGGUGAUUUUGAAAGUGACCAAGGGUGCCGGGGAACAUAAAUUUUCUGUGGAUGGGGAAGGUGGUGCGUUUGCAAUGGCGCAGUGUUGGGAGACGUUGGAUAAAUUGAGCUGUCAAAAAUGUUUGAUAGCAGCGGAGAAAAAAAUGCAGGAAUGUGUUCCUAGUAAUGAGGGUAGAAGCUUAUUUACUGGUUGUUUUAUGAGGUAUUCAACAAGGAAAUUCUAUAACAAUGUCUAUGUUCAAAAUGAUACAUGGGUUGAAAUUCCUCUUCCUCGAGGAAAUGACAGUAUUGGCGUGUCACCUAAUUUUUCCUACGUAGCUGGUUUCAGUUUUAAGUAUGAUGUGCUUGAGAAGGGCACAAAUUAUUUUGAUUCUGCAAAUAAAUUAGGCUUGCAUGGUGAAGGAGAAGGUUCUGUGUUCAAAGGAACACUCCCCUCAGGAAGAAUUGUUGUUGUUAAACGUUUGUUUUUUGAUACAAGGCAAUGGACAGAUGUGUUAUUCAGUGAAGUCAAUUUGAUUAAUGGGAUUCAACAUAAGAAUGUGGUCAAACUUUUGGGGUGUAGUAUUGAUGGCCCUGAAAGCUUGUUGGUUUAUGAAUUUCUUCCUAAUAAAAGUCUAGAUCAAAUCCUUUCCGGUGUGGACUCAAAAAAUGUUCUGACAUGGGAGAAACGGUUUCAAAUCAUAUGUGGGAUAGCUGAGGGCUUAGCAUAUCUUCAUGAGGGAUCUGGAACAAAAAUUAUUCAUAGAGACAUAAAGUCCAGUAACAUUCUACUUGAUGAGUCUCUAAAUCCAAAAAUUGUUGAUUUUGGUCUUGCUCUUUGUGUUGCUGAAAAUAAAUCUCAUCUCAACAAUGGAAAUGCAGGAACACAGGGAUAUAUGGCUCCAGAGUGUCUCAACAAAGGACAACUGACAGAGAAGGCAGAUAUAUAUGCUUUUGGUAUUUUGGUUACUGAAAUUGUUUGUGGGAAAAAUAACGGUGUUUUUCCACAAGGUUCAAAUUUGGUAUGGAAGAAUUACAAGGCAAACAAUAUCACAACAUCAAUUGAUCCUGCUCUUCAUGGAAAAUUUGAGGUAGAAGAAGCAUCAAAUGCUCUACAAGCUGCACUUCUUUGUACACAAUCAUCUCCUACCCAAAGACCAUCCAUGUCAGAAGUAGUUCAAAUGCUAACAAAAAAAGACUACAAAAUUCCCACCCCAAAACAACAACCAUUGCUCAACAACCAUUUGAGGAAUAUGUCAAAUGGUCUUGCAAGUACAAGAUCAUCUUUCCAUAGCACCACUAGUUCCUUACCCUCAGGUGACGAUACAAAUCUACUAGAUCAUCCAUUUUCUUCUUCUGCUAAGUUCAAAACUUCAGGGAGUCCUGAUUCAGAUAUCCAUGCAAACAUUGUGUUGCCUCAACCAAAGUAG